AUGAACGGAGGUCCUUCUGGUUUCAAUAAUGCUCCGGUCACGAGAGCCUUCGUCAUCACGAGCGUCCUCUUCACUGUCUUCUUCGGGAUCCGUGGAGGCUCUUCCAAGCUCUCCUUGACUUACCAGGAUAUUUUUGAGAAGUUUCGGAUUUGGAAGCUAAUCAAAUCGAAUUUCGCCUUCUCCUCCACCCCUCAAUUGUUAUUUGGCGUGUAUUUGCUUUACUACUUCCGAGUCUUUGAGAGGCAGAUUGGUUCAAAUAAGCACUCGGUUUUCAUCUUGUUCUCUGGGUUUGUAUCACUAAUUCUGCAGACCAUCUUACUGUCGCUGUUUAAAGACCCUACAGCAAACCUACUGACAUCUGGACCAUACGCCCUCAUAUUUGCUUCCUUUGUACCCUUCUACUUGGACAUUCCUGUUUCAAAGAGGUUCGACGUAUUUGGCCUACACUUCUCUGAUAAAUCAUUCAUAUAUCUUGCUGGUGUCCAGCUUUUAUUAUCUUCUUGGAAAAGACCCAUGUUACCUGGUAUCUGUGGAAUAAUUGCUGGUUCCUUGUAUCGGUUGAACAUCUUUGGUAUCCGCAAGGCCAAGAUCCCUGGGUUCAUAGCUUCAUUCUUUUCCCGAAUGUCUUUGCCAUCGUCGAGCAGCCAUUCUCAAGCACCAAGAAGGACAUCACCCAGCUUAGGUCGCCAAGCAAGAUCUUAUCAAGCACCGGUGCCGUCAAGUAUAGAGCCAUCUGAAGAAGCUAUAGCUACUCUAGUAUCUAUGGGAUUUGACCAGAACGCAGCUAGGCAGGCCCUUGUACACGCCAGAAACGAUGUCAACGCAGCCACCAACAUUCUUCUUGAAGCACACUCUCACUAA